AUAUAAAAAAUAAAAUACAAUCACACUAUAUUUUAAUAAUAAAAUAUAUACUUGUUAAGUCUGAUAAAAUGUUAUUUUUCUUAUGCGAAAUUGAUUAUUUUUUAGAUUCAUUGAUUUAUCUGUAUAUAGAUAUACUACCUGUUGCACAUUUAUGUUCUUGCCUUGUGUUUACACAUGGAGCUCCAUACAUUGGUCUAUGUAUCUUUUAUAUUAUUAUUAAACACAGUUAAUAACCAAAACAUACACUUGUAUAUUUUAUAGAGUAUUACAAACAAAUUGGAUGGCUUUGUUACUUCAAAUCCAUCUAAUUAUGAGCUAUUGAAUAUUGCCUCAGAUUCCCGCCAAAUAUAUGUACAUACAUGUAUACAUGUAUCACAUUUUGGCGCCAUUGACCGAGAUUGUUUCUAAUUGUGUUUUUUGUUUUUUUAUAACUUAAUAUUUUAUUUAAAUUAUGUGUAAACUGACAAAGUGAUAAUAAGAAGUAUUCAAAACAUAUAUACAUUACAAUUUAGAUAGACUUAAGUAUUAAAAAUGGUACGCCGAAAACGUGAUACGAGAUCACUUAACAAUUCGCGAGCAUCACAAAGCAAAAAAUCCGAAACUCACGUUUUAGUAAACAAACGUGGAUUUCGAAAGUCGCAUGCUCUACGCGAAAUUCGACAUUACAGAAAAAGUGUAAACUUGCUUAUACCGAAAUUACCGUUCACUCGUUUAGUUAGAGAUAUUAUGAUAGACUUGUUUCCUAGAAGUGGAAUAAACAGAAUACAAGCCUCUGCACUCCAAGCAUUGCAAGAGGCUACUGAAGCCUAUAUAGUUCAGUUCUUUGAGGAUUGUAUACUAUUGACGCAACACGCAAAUCGUGUGACUCUUCAAGUUCGAGAUAUGAUUUUAAUGAGACGACUCAGAGGAAGAGACGAUAUUAUAAAUAGAUGAAGUAAUUUCAUUCUAAUGCAUUUAAAAUAUUUUAAUAGUUCUAAAUUAAAGGGCAACAAAUGUUUUAUUUUACUAAGAUUUAAUAA